AUGGCAGACAGUGAUGAUGACUAUGAUAACAGACGUAAAACUCAGCGAGAUAAAUUUAGAAGAGAGAGAAAUGAUUAUGACAGAAGAGAUGACAGGCGUAGAGACUCAUGGGACCAUGAUAGUCGACGCCCGACUGGUAGAUCAAGAGACAGUAGUUGGAACAGUCGCAGCAGAGACAGAAAUGAUAGUGGUUACAGAGACUAUGAUUCUAGGCGUAGAGACAGGUUUUCUCCCCAGAGAAAUGACAUGAGUCCCCCUCAUGCCAAACGCAUGCGAAGAGAUUGGGACGACUACCCAUCAUAUGAAACCCCUUAUAAUGGUCCGGCCCCACACCAGAGUCACUGGAGUGGAGGGGGUCCCAGUCCUGGAGAGAUGGGAGGACAUCAUGGAUAUGGUAAUCAGAACAGGUCAGUAAAACAGACGUUUAAGUUCUGGCCAGCCAUGAUGACGUUUAAACAAUUUUUAACGACACAAGAUGAUAAUAUAGAUGAUCACGCUGCUAGUAAGAAAUACAAUGAAUAUAAAAUAGAGUAUAAGCGCCAACAGAUCAGUGAAUUUUUCCUGGCACACAAAGAAGAGGAAUGGUUUAAAUUGAAAUAUCACCCUGAAGAGAGUGGUAAACGUAAAGGUGAAUUGAAGGCCGCCCUGGAAAGACGUCUGAAAGUUUUUGUCGAGCUUCUAGAUGCUGGACGUGUCUCUCCCAUCGUGCUGGAAAUAGACAGAGGAGAUGAAAUUGUCAAACUUUUAGAUGCAGCCGUGAUCAAGAUGGAGGGUGGAACUGAUUUUGAUUUGACUGUCCUGGAUCAGAUGGAUGAUAAAGCCGGAAAUCGAAGUCGAAACAACUCGGAAACAGUGGUUGAAAAAUCCAGCCCUGAAAAGAAAACAGAAGAGUCAAAAGAAGAGGCUGAAGAGCGCAAAAAGAAAAGAAGUAAGCGACAUCGAGACAAACCAGACUAUAGUUACCAGAGUGGCAGCGAGUCGGACUCUAUCUCUGGGUCUGAUUCCGAGUCAGAACCAGCACCACCUGGAGUCAAAUCUAAUGGUGACAACAAGGAAGAAAAGAAUGAAGGUGAAGAAAAAGAAGUCGACACGAAAGCAGAGGUCCAGGAAGAGGACAAGAAAGUGGAAGAUGAAGAACCCAAACCACGAUGUCUUCAUAAAACACAGUCUAUAUUCUUACGUAAUCUUGCACCAACUAUCACUAAACAGGAAAUAGAGGCAAUGUGCAAGCGGUAUCCAGGCUUUAUGAGGGUAGCUUUACAGGAUCCACAACCAGAAAGAAGGUUUUUCCGAAGAGGCUGGGUGACAUUUGAAUCUGGAGUUAACAUCAAAGAUAUCUGUUACAACUUGAGCAACAUUCGGCUCCGGGAUUGUGAGUUGGGUGCCACUUUAAACCGUGACCUCAAACAACGAGUGCGUCCUGUAACUGUAUUGACCAAUCACAAACCAGUGGUUAGAAAGGACAUCCAGACUGCAGCUCGGAUUAUCCAGAACCUUGAUUUUAAAUGGGGACUAUGGCAGGACUCUAAUAUAGAGAAAAAGGACGAUGAAAAAGAGGUUGAAACGAACUUGAUGUUGUCCAAGAACCCUGUGUUAAAAAACAUCACAGAUUACCUGGUAGAGGAAGGUUCAUUUGAAGAGGAAGAACUGUUGGGCCAGAAUCAAGAUGAUGGACCAAAAGAAGCCAACCCUGAAAUUCAGAUCGAGAAAGAUGAAACUUUGAUUAAGGCGCUGGAUAAGAUGAUUCUAUAUCUGAGAAUAGUUCAUUCUAUAGAUUUCUACAGCGCCAACGAGUACCCAAAUGAAGAUGAGAUGCCUCACCGCUGUGGAAUCAUGCAUGGAAGAUUGUCUAUACCAGUUGGCAAAUGUACAGACCAAGAUGUAACUGAGUGGAUCAGCCAUUUUGAAUCUAAAAUCAACUACUUGGCGAAGAUGAAGACUAAAGUUGAUGAUGAUGAAGCUAAGUUCAUUCUGGCCAAUUGUCAAGAACAAUCCAAAGAUAAAUGGCUAUGUCCACUGAGUGGCAAGAAGUUUAAAGGUCCAGAAUUUAUCCGUAAACAUAUUUUGACCAAACACAAUGAGAAAGUUGAAGAGGUGAAACAAGAGGUUUCAUUCUUCAAUAAUUACUUACUGGAUCCUAAAAGACCCCAGCUUCCAGAACAUCCUGGUAAUAAGCCAAGCAGUAACCGUGGUGACCAAGGCUCUGGUUACCAUAACAACCAACAUGGCAUGAUGGGAGGUGGUGGAUUCAAUCAAAGACAACACAAUAUUGGUGGUGGACCUCACUAUAACUCUGGUGGCUAUGGUAACUCUGGUGGACGUGAUGGAGGGUAUCAGAACCGGGGCGAUAACUUCAGAAGAAGUGGAGGAAGCUACUCUAAUAAUAGUAGACCAUACAGUCGCAGAUCUGAUCCACGCGCCAUCAUUGAGUACCGAGACCUAGAUGCUCCUGAUGACACCGACAUAUUUUAA